CUAGCGGAAGUUUUUAGUUGGAGGGUUAUAAUCCAAAUGUUCAUGUGCUCACUUUCGGUUCUGUUGCGGAAUUAUUUUCAUUUAUCAUGAUCUACAGUUUGCCCUGACCCUGGGAUUUAAAAAUGCCACAUGAAAAAACUCGCAACAGCCUCGUGUCUGACACUCUGGAGCGGAGGAGAGCUCUGACCAUCUCGCCAGUUGUCAAACGUGACAGCUGUCAGACUGAAAAUCCACUUAAGAUCACUAGGAGAUGUUCCACAUCCGAAGAUGAGGAUACAAAGAUGUCUAAAGAUCGGAAAAAGAACAACUCCAAUGUGACCAUCCAUUGGACACAGCUGGCAUCAAAUGGUACAUCCGAUCAAUCAGAUACCAGAUUACAAACUUCCAAUGAUCAAGUGUGCAUAACAUGGAAGGAUAUUCAAAGGCGUCAGAUCAAGGUUGUAUUAAAAGAUGUCCUCCAGACAGAGAGGGGUCAAAGCUUGCUAAGAGGUAGCGGAAAGAGUUUCAAAUUAAAGAACCAAUCAGAACGCAAAAGGUCAGCAAGAGAGAGGCGGGGUGAUCAGACCUCAACAAGUGACCUCAACGAUACGAGGAGAACCAGUGUGACACUAAGACGUAGAUCAGACCCCGCUGGAGCAAAAGACACUUCACCAUCAAUCCCUUGUAAUAAAAAUAAAUCAUGUUCAUCCAGAGAUCAAAUAAAGAUCAAAACUUCACCAAUCGUACAAAUAAACUCUUCACUGAAACUACCAGAGCUGUCUGAAAAAAAAUCAAGUAACUCUUCUUCACCCAGACAAAGUGACUCUCCACAAUGUGUUGAAAUUAAUGAUGAUCUGCCUGAAGAAAUCAAACCAUCUACAUUUGAAGAAAAUGAAGCAUUAAUUCCGGAAGGAUCACAAUGUGUUGAAAUUAAUGACGAUUUGUCUGAAAAAAUCAAACCAUGUGCAUUUGAAGAAAAGGAAGCAUUAAUUCCCGAAGGAUCGCAAUGUGUUGAAAUUACUGUUGAUUUGUUUGAACAAGUCAAACCAUCUACAUUUGAAGAAAAAGAAGCAUCUUCAGAGUCCGAGGAAGUGGUUUCUUCUAGGUCCGAAUUUGGACGUGGCUCCCCGUCAUCAUUAGCAGAGCAGUGUAGCCUCGAAGAGAAUGAAUGUGGUAGUGAGCAUCUAGCCAGUAUGGUAGAAGAGGAUGAUCCAAAAGAGUGCACAGAGGAUACCGGAGAAUAUGAGAAGGAAAAACACAAACGCAAGAAUGGAGAGGUGAUACAGGAGUUGGACGGGUUGCGGGGUAGCGUCUUACGUCUCUCGGUUGGGGCUGAUGGGGAGGUCCCGCUCAAAAGAUGUCGCUUGGUUUCCGGCUCAGACUCCGCCUCUGUGAGUGCAGGUGGACAGUCUUGUCAGGGCCUCUCAACUGAAACCAUUGUUCUGUCUAGUGAAGAGGAGGAUGAGGAAGAGGGAAAAGAGAAUGAAAAGGAAGAUUUGUUUGGAAACAUCCAGCCACCAGAGGGCAUUAAAGACAUACCUACACAUGAAAAACCAGCAAGUGUUUAUGAGCAGAUAGCAAUGACUGAGUGUCGAUCACAAAUCGCAGAACUGCUUACACAGUGCUCUAGUAUGAUUGAGAUACAACUGUCUUCUCUUCACAUGGGUGGGGUUGAUGUCAUAUCCAAUGCAAAAAUGGAGAUCACAACUCAGAAAAUCACCAUUUCAUUUAAGGAUUCGUCAGUGAUCAUUUGUUUAGAGAUGGAAAACGUUCGUAAAUACAGUGUGUUGAAAGGGAAUGAGUUGAAGGGGUGUGAACUGGUUAAGGAUGAUGAGAUCCAGCCCCCUCCUUUGCUACUCCUAUCGCUGGCUGACGCUCAGGCCCGUCAACUGCACAAAGACCUUUCCGAUAUCCAGCCAGGAAUAUGCCCAGCUGAAGGCAGCACGUUUGUAAUGCUGUGUUUGGCUGAGCCUGUUGAUGACUUUGAGACGGCAUUCUUUACUUCAUUAAUGGAGCUGGUGGCUCUAAAUCAAGGCAAUCCAGAGCUUAUUUACCCUCUCACAUAUUCAGAAAGUCUGACACUGCUGCAGAGCUCUCAGGAAACGCACCUGCUCCAGCUGCUGACGUCCAAGUCUGAUGCACAAACCAGCACUGCUGCAGAUACAGCUGCAUCUGCCUGUCAGGAGGAUGAUGAUGUUCAGCUGAAACCGGUCCACACAUUGUGCCACAGAAGAUCUGGGGGUUCCUAUAGUGUUUCCAUGGAACCCGCACUCGGGCCAGAAUGGACCCCGUACACCCAUUGCGGUCCUACACGCAGGUUGAUUCAGUUCCCCCCUCCACCAUCUAAAGGGGCUCUAAGUGUGACAACAGAGGAUUUGGAGUGUUUAGACAGUGGGGAGUUUCUUAAUGACGUCAUCAUCGACUUCUACCUCAAGUAUUUGUUGGUGCAAAAAGCCCCAAAGUCAUCUGUCGACAGAUCACAUGUUUUCAGCAGUUUUUUCUAUAAACAACUUACACGCAGAGACAAUGCAAAUGAAGACAGCACAAGCAUACCAGCUCAGGUCAGAAGGCAUCAGCGUGUGAAGACAUGGACCCGCCACGUAGACAUCUUUGACAAAGACUUCCUGUUUGUGCCGGUCAACCAAGAGUCUCACUGGUAUUUGGUGGUAAUCUGUUUCCCUGGGCUGGAAGAGCCACAGUAUGUAAAUUGGGAUGCCCGGGGCUCAAGGCAGGUUGAUGAUGGGGAGGAUUCGUGUGCGUCUGAGAUCCAGCCAGACAACAGAUCCAACAAUGAUGAGGAUAAAGAUGCAGAUGACAGCCACGUAAAGCCCAGUAAAUGUCAUGAUCCUCCGGACUGCACAGAAAAUAACUGUGUGAGAAAAACAAUCUGCCAAAGACCGUGUAUACUGGUCAUGGACUCCCUGAAGUUAUCGGUUCACGAGCGUGUCUUCAAAGUCUUGCGCGAAUAUCUUCAGAUGGAGUGGGAGGCAAAGAAAGGUGGUUCGCGUGACUUUAGUGCUGAACGCAUGGUAGGUUCACACUGUAAAGUCCCUCUGCAGGACAACAGCAGUGACUGUGGCCUUUACCUGCUACAAUAUGCAGAAAGCUUUUUACAGGACCCCGUGGUACACUUCGACCUGCCGCUGAGAUUAGAACGCUGGUUUCCACGACAACAGGUGCGAGGGAAGAGGGAUGAGAUUCGAGACCUUAUACUACACCUGUACCGAUUUCAGCAAGGCUCAAUAGGAAAUGAAAGUUUACAGUCGAUGGAAACGUGAUUUAGUAGUGUAUAGUGUUUAGAUGUGCAUUGUUUUAUGCUAGAUAUAUUUAUAUUUUAUGUGUUUUUGAACUGUUUAUAUAAAUGUUUUUGUAUACAUUGCUUGGAAAAAUUAAUAAGGAAAUAAAUCAGAACACUUGAAUUUUUCCUCAGACAAGAAGGACCAUUUAUUUACAUAAAGUGGCAUAUAACUCGUUUUGUAUUUCUGCGCCUUUUGAUGUCAGGGACAAGUAUGUGUGUGCGUGCGUGCGUGUGUGUGUGUGUGAGCGAACAAGUCCAUGUCAUUGUUUGUUACCUCAUGUGUUUGCACUCUCUCCCACCAGUGGGUUGGUUGUACUGAACAAAUGUGGUAGAAGAUCUGAGCAAAAAGCCUAAAGCACAUGUUUGGACGAGCAGUUGGGUGUGGUGUAAGUUGGUGUUGUGAUUGGCCAUUUUUUUAAAGGAGUAGAGAAAAAAGAUUUUGCCAUAGGGAGUGUGUAUGGAUGUAUGGUUUAUGCUUAUUAGACAGUUAGAAUUAGAUUAGAUAGAUUAAGAGACCACCCACUUUGUUCCAUUAAUCCCAGCAUUCUGUUCUGUUUACAGUGUUUUGCUGUUUGUUUGUUUGAAAAGAUGGUUAAUUUGAUACAGAUGGUAGUUUUAAGUAUUAGUCAGUUUUUCAUGAAGAAAAUUUAUGAGACAAAAAAACUUUUAAAGGGACAGUUCACCAAAAAAUAAAAAUUCUGCAUCAAUAUCAUUAACUCAACCUCUGGUUGUAACAAACUUGUAUACAUUUCUUUGAUUGAUGAACACAAAGGAAGAUAUUUGUUUAAAAACUUAAAGAUAUUUGCUUACAAAAUUGCUAAAAAUAUCUUCCUUUGUGUUCAGCAGAACAAAGAAAUGUAUACAGUUUUGUAACAACCUUAGGGUGAGUAAAUUACCCAUUUUUGGGUGAAAUAUCCAAAUGCUUUAAAAAAAAUUUUUAUCUGUCUCUCUACAUAUACAUUAAUAUCAUAAAAAAAAUUUGGCAGGAAUUAAACUUUUUUU